GACCCGAAGCCUGCGAAGGUGUCCAAGUCGCUCGCGCUCCGCACGGCGAUCAACAAGCUGGACAAGUCAAAGGCAGCGCUCGGUAAGGCGGCGGCCCAGCUCCUCGAGACAGAGAGUUGGCUCAAGAUGGCGCAGGAGAAGCACGACAGGGCCCUGGAGGAGGCAGGCGCGCCAGUGGACCCAGAGUUGUUCGCCAACCUCGAGGACUACACGGAGGAGGGCCGCGUGCGCCUACGACAGUUUCAGACAUAUCUGGGAUCACUCGCAACCCUGCUCGACAACACCCAGAACCAGUACAAGGUGUUCACGGAGGCAAAGAAGGCGGCGGAUGCGAUCCAUGCGCCCCUCCAGGCCAAGAAGCGGAAGGCGGCGGAGGACGGGACGGUGGCCCCAGAGCCAGCCGCGCCAGUGGUUCAGGAGGCACCACCAGCACACGCAGAAGCUGGCCCACCAAUCCCACCAUCAGCCGAGGAGCUGCAGCAGAGAAGGGACAGGCUGGCCAGGCUCAAGGAGGAGGCGAAGGCCAAGGUCAGGGACAUGGACGUGAUCAUCGAACCGGGCAGGGUCAUGGAGACGCACGUGGACAGCGACUCCCUCGGCCAGACCAAAGUAGACGUGGCUAGUGACGGCUGGAA